UGUGUCAGAGGAAGAGCGCUCCACUCCGGAAGUUUAUUUCAUGCUGUCGUAUUUCUGCAACGGAUUUAUUGUAUACGAUUGUAGAAAUCAAUCAUGCAUGAUGUAUGAAAAUCAAUAUAUUCAAAUUCAACGAUCUUAAAAAGUGGCAAUGUUAGAUGGCCGCCGUGGGCUUCACUUCUUGCGACGGCAGAUAAGCGGCAUUGUUUGUCGUCCAUUCAUUAUAACCCGUGGCUACUCUGGCCAGCUAGCAUAGCAACCAGAUAAAGAGAAAUGGACCUGUCUGAGGAAUCUCCCAAGAAGCAUGGAAGUAAGACACUGUUGGUGCGCCAUUUACCAGCUGAGCUGAGCGAGGAUGAGAAGGAGGAUCUGCUCAAGUAUUUUGGCGCUCAAUCCGUCAGAGUUUUCUCCAACUUUGGCCGCAUGAAACACACAGCAUUUGCAACGUUUUGCAGCGAAAAAGCUGCAGAAAAGGCUCUUAGCCGGCUCCAUCAGCUAGAGAUUCUCAAUCGAAAGCUUAUUGUGGAGUUUGCAAAAGGCCAAGAUAACGUCACAGUAUUAAAGGAUCCACCUGUGUCAGAUAGUAAUAAGACUGACAAGGAAGCGCAGAAUAAACCAGAAACGAAGCAGCCUAAAGUUCCUCUCAUUGAGACGGGAAUUGCUCCAAGUCUUGGGUUGAAAUACCACUCGAACCCCUCUUUGAGGUAUUUGUACCCACCCCCUUCCAAUAGCGUUCUGACGAAUAUAACACACACCCUCUUGUGUGUGCCCAAGUUUUACGUUCAAGUUCUGCAUCUGAUGAACAAGAUGAAUUUACCCUGUCCGUUUGGACCUGUCACUCCGAGACCCCCCGUGUUUGGACAUCUGCCUACUGCCCCACCCAUGCCCAUGCCUCCCCCAUUGCCUCCUGAUCUCCCGCCGACGCCGGCGGAGGAAAUGGAAAUGUCCUCUGAUGAAGAGUCUGAGUAUGAGAGUGGAGAUGAUGAAGACAAGGAGAGGAUUGUUCGUCUGAUGGGUCUGGUCAACCAAGCAUGCAAGCGACCCCUGAGACCAAAAACAGCUUUGAAAAGGAAGAAGCCCAAGAUCAAGGAUCUCCUCUAUGCGCCCAAACCAGACUCUCAGAGUACUCCGGUCGUGCAGCCAUCAGACGUGUUUGAGCAGCCCAACCCCACCGGACCGAAGAAAAUAGAAUUCCACAUUUCGGUUUCAGAGGUGGCAGCCAGGGUGGAAGGAAGUAGGACGCGGUGUGAUGACGAUAUGGAUAACAUAGAGGUUACCAUCAACAACCAAACAGAGGCCGCAGAUGGAUUUGGGAAGAUCUACCCCAACGUCCAGUCGCCCAAGCCAUGCGAUGAGCAGAGUGACGAAGAGCAGGAUCUCCCCUCGGAUGUCAUCUCAAUCAAAGAGCUUGAGAAAGGACGUCUCUCACGAGACGAGAUUAAAAGGAUGUCGGUGUUUAAGAAUUAUGAGCCGGGUGAGCCGACCUGCAGACUGUAUGUGAAGAAUAUCGCAAAGCAAGUGGAAGAGAAAGACCUAAAGUACAUCUACGGGAGAUACAUCGAUCCCUCGUCAGAAACGGAAAGAAACAUGUUUGACGUGGUUUUAAUGAAGGAGGGCCGGAUGAAAGGACAGGCCUUUGUCGGACUUUCCAGUGAGCAGCGUGCCGAGAAAGCCCUGCGGGAAACCAACGGCUUUAUUCUCUUCGACAAACCCCUCGUGGUGCAAUUUGCUCGAUCGGCCAGGCCAAAACAAGACAAUAACGAUGCCAAGAAAAAAGCAAAACGAUAACAUUUGCAGAUGCCAAGGCUUGAAUUUGUGGGCCAGCAGAACCGUUUGUAUCCUUAUGCGAACAUAUCCUUUGGAGAAAGAAAGAAA